GCCGCCCGGCUCCCGCCGCCGCGCCUGCUGCAUGCUCGGUGCUCAGCCCCAGCCGGAGGUGGAAGAUGGCGGAGCCGGGGCCGGAUUGCAGCUCUCUGCUCGACGAGGAUCUCUCCUCCUUCGUCUUCAGCUACCUAGCUGACAGCCAGUAUGAGGUGUCUGGCGAGGAGCAUCUCUACUCUGACUUCCCCGAGAUCGAUCUGUCCCAGCUGGACGCCGGAGACCUGGACUCUGCUGGGUGUUUCAGCGAGCUGCAGUGGGGCGGGGAGCACUCGGAGACCGACUCCAGCCAGUACAGCACCGACGACUCCGAGCUCUUCCAGAUAAUAGACAGCGAGAACGAAGCGCUGCUGGCAGCCCUCACCGAGACUUUGGAUGAUAUACAGGGAGAUGACAUGGGCCUGGCUGCCUUCCGAACUAUGGAAGAGGGGGACACGCUCAACUCUGCCACCACCUCACCUGCCCCUUCCCCCAAACCCACCGCCCCGGUCACGGGGGGGCCGCCCCCGGCCCCCGAGUGUGAUGAGCUGUCUCUACUGAAGAAGCUGCUCCUCUCUCCGUCGCCUCCGAGCUGCGAGGCCCAGCGGGACGGGAGCGCCCGGCGCCCGGGGACCCCAAAGUCACGGCCCGCACGGCCCUGCACAAAGGUGGAGGGUCCCCGGGACAGGAGGGCGAGCGUCCCGCAGGCACAGAGCCGCAGCUGCACGGAGCUGCACCGGCACCUCACCUCCAGCACCUCCUGCUCCCAGACCAAAGCCCCCCAGGCUCCCGAGGAGUGCCCCGGCAGCGGCCACCACCCGUCCCCGGGCGGCUGCGCCCAUCACGAGGACGACAGUGACUCCAGCGAGGACUCGCUGAGCUCCGGCGACUCGGUGGCCGCCCUGUCCUCGGCGGAGGACGGCACGGGCAGCCAGUUCUCCUGCGAGGGCGAGCUGCACUCGGUGGUGGAGCUGAUCCGCUACAUGCACACCUACUGCCUGCCCCCUCGCAAGCUGCCCCCCGACAGCAAUCCCCAGCCCUGCAGCAGCCCCUUCAAGAGAGCCAGAGCGGACUGUGCCCCCGCUCCGGGCAGCGCCCAGAGCCGGCCGGGCUGCGCCUGGCAGGCAGCCGGCGGCUGCAAGAAGCCCGGAGCAUCCUUCUCCAUCCUGAAGGAGCUGCUGGCGAGGGACCUGCUGUGCGAUGUGAGCAAGCCAUACCGCCUGGGCAAGCCCGUGUACGCUGCCCUGGCACGGCCGCCCGGCUCCUGCUCCCCCGCGCCGCCCGAUGCCGAGGAUGCCGGUGGGACUUGCACAGCCAGAGGGAAAGCGGCGGCAGAGAGGGGCGAGCCCCGGCACAGCCCCGAGGCGGAGGCACCGCGGGAGCUGGGCGGCCUUGAGGACGAUGCUGGGAAGCAGGAGGGCGGCCCUGGAGCAGGGAAGGCGGCCCGCAGGCAGGACAGCGCUGUUUACGCCGUGCGCCGCUCCAAGAGACUCAACCCCGAGCUCGGGCACUGGCUCUCCUUCCUUGACGAGCCGCACCCCGAGUCCUCCGUGGCCCUGGGCUGCGGCGAGGCCGCUCCUCCGAUGCUGGAGGGCUUCUCUGCCCAAGAGCCGGCGGCCGAAGUGGAGGUGGGGGGCACAGCCCCAUCGGUGGAGCCGCAGCCCCUCUGCCUGGGCUCCCUGGGGGAUGGCGAGGUGGGCACUGAGAGCCGGCGCUGUGCCCUCCUGGAGCAAACAGAAACACCCAGGUGUCUCACACUGUCCUUGGCACAAACUGACCCAGCCUUUGGGAAGAGAAACUUUGAGCCAAUGCUGACCGUGGAGCUGUGUGGGACAGCAGGUCUCACACCGCCCACCACUCCGCCAUACAAACCCGCCGAGGAGGACCUGUACAAGCCAGACAUCCCCCAGGAGCCAGGGAAGGAGGACGGGAUGUCCCUGAGCCCCGGGGGCACCGGGGACGUGGCAGCCUCACAGAAAGCCCCCAGGAAGCACCCGGAGAGGACGGAGCUGUUCGCCCACCUGAGCCGGGCGGGCGGGCGGGCGCUCCCCGAGCAGCAGGGCCUGCUCAAGAGGCCCUUCUCCCGCUCCUUUGGGGACCACGACUACUGCCAGGUGCUGAAACCCGAGGCUGCCCUGCAGAGGAAGGCGCUCAAGUCGUGGGAGCCCCCGAGCCAGGUGGAGACGGAGCACAAGAGGAGGGUCCCGGCCGCCCACUACCAGGGACUGGAGCUGGGCAAGGACACGGGCGCUGAGCUGCUGUGGAAGGACGGCGUGAAGCAGCUGAGAGACCAGGAGAUCAGAGCCAGCUUAACAAAGCACUUUGGCUUUCUGGACAGUGCCCUCGACGAGGAGGACAUGGUCUUCUGCAAAACCCCCGAGUAUGACACGGUCUUUGAGGACAGCUGCAGUGAGAGCGGCUCCCCCGUGGAGGAGGAUGAGGAGGAUGAGGAGGAGGAAGAGGAGGAGCAUGGCAACACCGAGCUGUGCCUGAGGAGAAACCCCCUUUCCAGGACCAGUUUGCAUUACUGCUCCCGGAGCAGGUCCAGCUCGGGCUCCUCGUGCUGCCGGUCGCGGUCACCCGCCAGCAGACGCGCCUUCAGGUGUGAGAACGGUGAGCAGUGUCAGGGUGGAAAUGGGCACCGGGGCCAGCUGAAGAAGAGACGGGAAAAGGCCAUCGGGGAAGGCCGGGUGGUGUACAUCAGAAACCUCUCCAGCAGCAUGAGCUCCAGCGAGCUGAAGAAACGCUUCGAGGUGUUUGGUGAAAUCGUGGAGUGUCAGGUCCUGUCCAGGACUAACAGGGGGGAGAAGUACGGCUUCAUCACGUACCGGUAUUCCGAGCACGCCGCCUUAUCGCUGAAGAACGGCCCCUCGCUAAGGAAGAGGAAUGAGCCCUCCUUCCAGCUCAGCUCUGGUGGCCUGGGCCGCUUCUUCUGGACCAGAUACGCUGACCUGGAUUGCGGCACGGACGAGUCCUCCCCGGCUCCGGUGAAAAGCAAGUACGAGACCAUGGAUUUCGACAGCUUGCUGCAGGAGGCCCAGCUCAGCCUGCAUCGGUAACAGCCUUAACCUUGGAGGAAUACCUCAAUACCUCAGUCAAGGCACUUCCAAUAUGUUUACGUUUUCAAAGAAAUUAUUCAGUCUAUGGCAAGCGAGAGAGCGAGAGAGAGAGCGAGAGCACGCCCGCGAGAGAGAGACUGCUGUCCCCUGAUCGAUGUUUACAUUGAACAAAGCUGCUUCUGUCUGUGAGUCCCCAUGGUGUUGAUGUCUCACUGCCACACGUUAGUCCCCCCUCUGCUUCUGACUGGUUGUUUUAGGGUGAGCCUAGGAGCCCCCCGGCCCCUCUUCCCCCUCCCUGCCCUCCCCACGCUCCCACCGUGGAGUUGCAGCUGUGUUCACCAUAACAUUUUUUUGUCUGUAGUGUGUGAUGAUGAAAUUGUUCAUUGUGAAUAGAAUCAGGAUUAUAAACUAAUUUUUAAUAGAAGAAGAGAAGAAAAAAAAAAGUAUAUACUUAAAAAAAAAAAAAAAGAAAUGUAUUUAUGGCUCAGAUGUACUGUAAUUCAGAUUUAUUGUACCGCUUCCUUGAUUUUUAACUAUGCACUGUAAUGAGGCACUUGCCACUCAGCAAAUGGGGGGUCAGAGCAGUCUCAGAGCUGACAUUCCCCUGCUGGCAAACCGGGGUGCUCGGUGCUUGCCCCGGGUUCACCCACUUUGCUGUCAAAGCCAUUCUUUGUGCUGGAGUGGCCCGAGCCCCCCAGUGCUGAGCUGGGUCCCGGUGGGUGAUGGAGCCUGGGCCGGGCGGCUUUGCAGGCUGCAGAGGGUGGGAGAGGGAUGCAGCACCUGCAGCCAGCGCUGCUGCACCCCUGCUGCCUUUGGAGACAGGGGCUGGGGGCUGCCGGGCCUGAGCCGCUGGGGGAUGGAUGUCUCCGGUCCGUGUGGAGGAGCUGGUCCUCUCCAGCUCCUUGGAUGGCUGGGAGACUGGCCAGGCCCUGGGGCUUGAUCCACACCCUGCAAAGCAAGCGGGGCGAGAAGACCUGGCUGUGCUCUCUGCUGGGCAGCCAGCCCCACACACAGCCCAAAGUCCAGCCCCACACACAGCCCAAAGUCCAGCCCCACACACAGCCCAAAGUCCAGCCCCAAACUCAGCCCAAAGUCCAGCCCCACACACAGCCCAAAUUCCAGCCCCAAACUCAGCCCAAAUUCCAGCCCCACACACAGCCCAAAUUCCAGCCCCACACACAGCCCGAAGUCCAGCCCCAAAUGCAGAGAGGCUGGGGGGCACAGCACCCACACUGGACCCCCACCCACACCCUGCCCCGUAGCUGAUAAGCCAUACACCCCCCAGCACCCACCCGCAGCCCAGAUCUGUCCCAGCGCCCCGGGGCACAGCUCUGCCUCUGGCCAAGGGCCCUCGGGGCUGGAUUUAAGUGUCAGAUUUACUUGAGGACUUGCCCUCCGUGUGUGAUUGGGGUGAGAUGGGGACACAGCUGUCCCCCAGCCGGAGCAAAGCCCACCACCAGCCGGCCAGAGGCACUGUUUUCCCAAGGGAGCGGGAAUCUUGCUGCGCCUCAAGCCAUUGCCACCUUCUCCUUUUAUUUUUGAGCCCCAGAGACCACUAGGGAUUCAGCCAUCCUCUGUAGAUAGAAUAUUAUAGCCUUAACUCUGCCAAUAGAUAGAUUAGAGUCUCCUGGGGUCUCCCCUCGCCAUGACUUGGGGGUUUUAUCCCCAGUUCCCCGGGCACGUUGCGGGGAGAGCGACCGAAGCCUCGGGAACGGGACGAGGUGCCGGGGGCCGGAGCCCCGCCAGGGUGGGCCGAGGCUCGGGGCCGGAGCCCCGCCAGGGUGGGCCGAGGCUCGGGGCCGGAGCGCAGCUGGGCUCUGGCAGGAGCAGCAAUGCCGACACCAGCACAGUUCCCUGGCUGUUCCCCUCGGGAGAGCCGCGGUUCUGACAACACCCGGCCCGGCAGCGCCAGGGCCCGGAGGCCAGCGCGGGGUCCCCACGGUGACCAUCACUGCCGGGGAACCGGCCUUGUGCCACUUCAGCCCCAGCACUGAAACCCGGCCUCUCUCCCACCCCAAAAUCCCCCCUGUUCUCAUCCCACCGCAGCAAACACGAGCAGCUCUGGCCGAGACUGAGCAUCUGCUAUUGGCAAUUGCCUCAUUGUAGCUUUGCCUUUUUCUGUCCUAGUAUUUCCUCACGAUGAUGAUGAUGAUGAUGAUGUUUACAUGUGAUUGCUAUAGAGCUUAUGUAGAAUGUAUAUAGCGACACAUUUAGGGUGGGUAGUACUGUCCUGUGCUGUGCUGAUGUUUUUCAGAAAACGAUCAAUCAAAAAAAAAAAAAAAAAAAAAAAAAAAGCAAACAAAAAAAAAAAAGGAAAAAAAAGAAAAAAAAAAAGGAAAAAAAAAAAGAAAGCAAAUAUGUGGAAUUCUUCCAUCUCCCACUCAGCUGGGGCACCCAUGGCUGGGCCCCGCUGGGGAUGCAUCAAGGGUGGUGGAGGGGAAGGGUUAGUGCAGAGCUGGGGGGGCUGCAGUCCCCUCCAGGGGAUCACUCAGUCACUUCCCAAGCACUGCCUUUGGCACACCCAGAUGGAGAAUUUCCCGGUGUUUCUGGGGCUGGGUGCCCUGGCUCAGCUCUGGGUGCCGAGGCUGCUGCUGGGGAAGGGGAGGGCUGGUCCUGCACAGAGCUCAGCAGUACUGCAGCCCUAGGGUAGGAAGAGAUGCAAUAAGUGGUCUUCGUGGUGCCUGAAGCCUAUAAGUGGGGUUGGGUUUUUCUGGUUUUGGUUUGGGUUUUUACCUUUUUUUUUUUUUUCCCUUCACUUGGGAUGGUCUGUUUUCCCUCCUCCCCAGAAAAAUCUUAUGCACUAUGCUUAGAGCCCCUUGGGCUGUGUGCUGCCUGCCUUGGGGCUUCCCCCACCUUUUAGGACUGGGUGAAAAGUGAAUUUCCACAUGGUUUUUUUUUUUUUUUUUUUUUUUUAAUUUUUGUGGGUCUUUUGUUGGUUCUUUUUUUUACUGUAAAGGUGUCUUUAGCUCACAGUGCUCGAGUCUGCAGGAAGGUAGGUCGGGCACAGGGGCAGGUGAGAGCUCCCUCCUGAGCUGCCUAAAAUUUGGAUGCUGACAGGGAAUUGGGGGCAGGAGCAAAGCAAUGCCCAGGCCCUGCUGCCAGGGAAGCCAGAGGUGCCCAGAGCUUUGCAGCAGCUGCCAGGGACUGGGGAUCCCCCCCUUUUCCAAGGAUUGCCUUUACAUCCCACCCAGCCUGUGGCACCACCGUGGGUGCCCCUCAAAAAGGGACCCCUCACACCCCAGCCCCCUGUGAGGGCCAGGGCUGUGGGGUGGGCAGGAGAAACUGGGAGCAAAAGGGUAGGAAUAAGUCAGGAGGAGAUUUAUUUUUUUAAAAGUGUGUAAGUAUAGAACGUUCCCCCAGCCGUUUCCUGCUGUGGGGAAAUGCUGAAUGCGUGAGGAGUUUCUGAUAAAAUGCCCCUUUUGCUUGUUUUGCACAGGUUUGCCCCAGAAAAACUAAUUCUUUUUUGGGGGGGGCGCAGCAGGUUUCUGGCUGGAAUCCAGCGUGUCCCUGAGGCUCCGCAGGGAGGAGCAAACGGGUCUGAGUGUGUGGGCUGAAUGCAGAGGACAAUCCCAGGUUUUAGGAUGGAUGCUGCCCCCAAAGCAAAGGUUUCUCUCCAUUCCUCGAUUUCCUGCCUGGGCUGCACAUCUUUGAGGAUGCAGCAGCUUGCUCACCACGUUACAGUCCUGAGCCUCAUCUCAGUCUGGGCCUUGUCCAGGAGUUUCACAAUUGCAGAUCAACAUGGUUUUCUCCUUUUUUUGGGAGGGAUUUCUUUUCUUUCUGGAGGUCUCUUGAGUCCACCGGUGUUGGAGCUGAACCCGACACCUGUCGUGUUCUAAGUGCAUCCCUGACAAUCUCAAGCAAUAUAGAGCCAAAUGCAGCCUUGGGGUUUCAUUUUGGGGUUUCAUUUUGGGGUUUCAUUCCUCUUCCCUCGCCCUCCCUGGGGCCAGGGGCAGCAGCAGGAGUUGGGGAGGGAGUGUGUGAGUGCAUGUGAGAAAGAGAGAGAACGGUUCAACUGAUGCAUUUCUUGAGAAAGGUGUAAGAAUUUCACCUAAAAAGGGGCACAUCUGCUUUGUUAUUUAUAAAAAAAAGCUAAAUUCUGUCUUUUUUUUUUUUUUUUUUU